AUUUUUUGGGUUUUAGCUGGUAAUGAAAAGGGGUCCAUGUACCCAAACUUGCCUUCGGCUCCACCUGAAAGUCCCCCUCCUUACACAAUUAUGCCAGAACGGGAUGAAGUGGAAGAGGAGCUUCGCAAGAUUGAGGACGAAAUUGCCACUUUGAAGGCCGUGCUUGCCUCUAAGCAGGAACGGGCUGCUCAGUUGAAGCGCCAGCUUGGAAUGUAUGGAUUCGAUGUGGCAAAGGAUGAUAUGAAAAGAGCUGCACAUUCUAUUGCCAAUUCAAAACCCCCAGUCACAAUUUCCACUUUGCUUUUUCCCGACAGGAAUACCAGCGCAUAUAAGAGUGUAAACAACAGCGUCUCCUCCUUCUUCAAAUCGGUGAAAGUGAGUAUUUGUCUCAUCAUCCUCCCUCCCUUUGUCGAUUUUUACCAUUUAAUUUUGUCUCUUCCAAAAGUAGGAGUAACCUCGCGACUCCUUCCGCUCAUUUCUCUCUCCCCUACUCCCCCUUCUAUCCCCAGUUCUUGCCUCAUCUCCUCAGAUUUAACUCUUGUUUCUGCUGAUGUGCUUUACUUUAUGUUGAGGUGUCUGUUUACUAUAUAA